AUGGACCUGCGCGGCCAGCGAUUCGAGAUCGAUUUCUCCGACGAUGAGGACCUGUCCCAGCCCAGCUCGAGGAUCCCGUCGACCGCUAUGCCGUCCAUAUCAUCUCCCUUCGUGGCCGACAUCAGGGAACGCGAAACUGCCCCUCCCUCAGCGCCCAAGAUGAAGAGCACACCAUCGGGCUUUCCUGAGCACAAGAAGCGCACACGAGUAUCCACUUUCAAACAGCAAAGGACUGGAUCGGUGAAGCCUGUAGUUGGCGACUCGGGGAAUGCUUUUGCUACGCGCCCCCCGCCGUCAACUAAUGGACCUUCAUUGAAACAGAAGAAUUCUGAUAUGGACGAGGAGAGACGGAGGAUCGAUCAGGAAAACACGCAGAGGCUGGCAGCUAUGUCGCCAGAUGAGAUUGCUGAGGAGAGAAGGGAACUUAUGUCGAGUCUGGACCCAUCUCUAAUCCAGAUGCUACUGAAGAGGCCACACUUGGACGAUGGAAGAGGCGACACCGGGAUCGAUCUCCCAGAUGAGAUCGCUGCAAAGAGGAAAGAGACCAAGCAGAAGGAAAGCGAGCGGCAGCAACGAGAUACGAACAAGAAAUCGGAUACAGAAGGCACCCCGGCCCCCAAACCGACCGGGAAACGAAUUGACCCCCCAAGAUCCAUCCGCUUCGAAGACGAGGAAUCCGAGCCUUCGCAGCCCAUAGGAUUACAAGCCGCUGCAGCACCCAGUGAACCUCUUCCUGAAGACUUCGUACCCUCGAUACACUUUCCGUCCGCACCCUCUGCCCCCGACCUUGACCCAUCCGACCCCGACUUCCUGCAAACCCUACACACCAAAUACUUCCCGACGCUCCCGGCCGAUCCCUCGAAACUAGCCUGGAUGGCGCCACUCCCCACGAAGGACUCGAUUGCAGACCAAGAAUCACCCUACUACCCCUUGGCAGAAGGCGUCAACGCGAACGCCAUCCGCUUCGACUUCCGGGGCGGCUUACUUCCGCCCCGAACUGCUCGUGCGAUUCCGGUCACCAAAGGUCUGCAUCACCACGGCGAGGCGCCGGAAGCGGCCGGCUACACGGUUCCCGAACUGGCGCGACUGGCGAGAUCGGCGUUUCCCGCGCAGAGAUGCGUGGCGUUCCAGACUUUGGGGAGACUGCUGUAUAGGCUGGGCAGAGGGGAGUGGGGAGGUCCCGAGAGCGAAAUAACGCAUGGGCUCUGGAUGUGCAUCAAGGGUGGACAGGUGUUGGAGACGCUGCAAGAGGCUGCGGGGUUGGAGGGCGGGCAUCAAGGGAGUAAGGUUUAUGCGGUCGAGGCGCUGUGGUUGUGGCAGCAGGGUGGCGGGGAGGUUAUGAAAGCCGCAUGA